AUGCUCCAAGGGCUGGUCUGCGCACUGGCCGCGUACGCUGUGGCCGGCGUUUUCCCGCUCUACUGGCGGCUUCUGGAUGCUGCGCCGCUUCUCCAAGUCGCUGCCCACUGCGUCGUUUGGGCGGCGACAACCUUCACCGUCCUCCUCGUUGCCACGGGCCAGUGGCGGGAUUUCUGGACGCUGGGCCUCACGCGCAAGAACGUCCUCGUGUAUGCACUCGCCGGCGCCCUCCUCACCUUCAACCACGUCGUCAUGAUCUACGGCACCGCGUCCCGAAACGUGCUCGAGCUCAGCGCCGGUCUCUUCCUCGCGCCCUUCAUGGACGCCGUCCUCGCCCGCAUCGUCCUCGGCGAGCCCAUCUCGUGGCGGCAGUACGCAUCGAUCGCGUGCUCGCUCCUCGGCGUCGGGCUUGUUGGUGUCGGUAGCACGUUGGUCCCGAUCAUCGCACUCGUGCUACCCGUGACCACGGGCAUGUACAACAUCCUCAAGCCCAUGGCCCCGCUCGAGAUGCUGCACGGCUACGCGCUCGAAGCGCUCCUCGCACUUCCACUCGCCGCCGCGUACCUCAUCAUUGAGUCGGCACGCGGUGCGAGCGUCUUUGUCGGCGGCGGCUCGAGCGAUAGCUGCCUCCUCGUCGGCGCCGGGCUGCUCUCGGUGGUGCCACUGCUCUUGCUCACCCGCGCCGCCAUGCUUCUGCCGACCGUCUCGUUCAGUGCGCUCCAGUACAUCGCGCCCAUCAUUCAGCUGUGCCUCGCGAGCUUUUACUUUCAGGAACCGCUGACGUGGCUCGCGCUGGUCGGCUGCGGCGUCAUUGUGCUGGCGGCCGUCGCCUUUACAUGCGAAAGCAUCCGCGAGGCGAGCAAGGCCAACGACCUGCUGCCUGCGCUCUACACGAUCUACUUGUAUGGCAGCCCCGUGCAGUCGAGCUUGGGCUAUCUCGACCGGCCGUCGCUCGAGGUGUAG